CUUGCUGACCAACAAGGACUACCAAUUGCCAAUUUGAACACCUGCAUUUUUAUCGUCUGCCUUUUUGUGAAGGCUUGCUCCGAGUCUUGUGCCAGCAGGUUUAUGCUCUGGGCAACACGCAGCCUUCGCAUUGCUUUGCGGCAGAGCUUGAGUCCUUUUCGUGCCAUGGCUUCAGACGCAAUAGGAUCUCCAGGCCCAGUAGAAAAUGCCAUGCGAGAAAAGCUCACGACUUUGCUUCAACCGUCUAAACUAAUCAUUACCAACGAAUCGCAGUUGCAUAGACAUCACGCCGCAAUGCGCUCCCAAGGUGGCGGGAAUGGAGAAACACAUUUUGCCGUGCAAGUAAUCUCAGAUGCUUUCAAAGGGAAGAACACGGUGCAACGUCAUCGCCUGAUCUACUCUACGCUUUCAGAAGAAUUUUCACAAGGGUUGCACGCACUAUCGCUAAAUACAAAGACUUCGGAGGAGGCGCAAAGAUUCCAAGCUGAAACCUGACAGAAUACAUAAAACAUUAUCGUGUAUAUGGGGGAGCGGGACAGAUUGUGGUAAGCUCUCAUGACCCGAACCGUCAACAUUAGCGACGGCUGCUCAUAAAUAACGUGCGAGCUUCACAGUGAGAUGUGAACGAUAUUCAGGGAUGCAUAGUCCAGCCUGGUUGCGGCUCACUGCCUCCCGAUGCAAAGAUGUUAAAAUUGAAGUUCGCGAUGUGUGGCCAUUUUGAGAACCAAAAUGUUACCGACGAGGAUUGGUAUUCGGCAAGAAGUGACAGAUCUUUCAGCGGGUUGUGUUCGGAGAGAUACGGUGGACUCAAUAAAGUGAUCCGUUGUAGUUGAUCUGAGAUGCGGCAAGUGACGGUACAUG